AUGUCGGAGUCUGCAUGUGCCAACCCCCUCUGGCUUGGCUGGGUGAAAAAAUGGUGGGAUACGGCAAAAGAGAGAAACUCGAAAGGUGUGAUUACCUACAAGCACGCAUACGACUCGCUCAAAAGAUGCCCGAUGAAGCUCCAGCACCCUUCUCAGUGUCAACAGCUGAAGGGCUUCAGUCCCAAGCUCUGCGAGCGUCUCACCCAGCAGCUCCGGAAGCAUUGCGAGGAGAAUGGGCACGGUAUGCCAAUGGUUCCUAAGCGGAAGCGGGUGGUUCACCUGCCGGGAGAAGACCAAGAUGAUGGUGCCACACCGGCACCGGCAUUAAGGAGGGCUGCACCUGCUAGACAAGCAAGGACUUAUGUCCCUCAGUAUCGCUCGGGAGCUUUUGCGCUGAUGCUCGUGUUGGCGGGGCAAGAUAGAAAUGCGGCAAUGCCGGGCAUGUCCAAAGAGGAGCUUAUGGCCGCCGCUCAACCGUAUAGCGAUUCCUCGUUCACGGUCCCGUCCGAUCCCAUCAAGUUGUACACAGCAUGGGCUUCGAUGAAGGCCCUGGAGUCAAAAGAGCUUGUGGUCAAGCGUGGUCGGCCUGUGACGCGGUGGGCGCUCUCAGAUGAGGGAUGGGAGGUUGCUGCACGAGUCCGAGAAGUAGCUGCUGCUCGGGGUGAUGUCCCCAAGACCGAAGACUCGGGUGGUAGUGCUAUUGGUUCCCGGAACGAUAGGGUCGGCAGCGCGUCUGGCUCGGCUUUACUUGGAGACAAUCUUGGUAGAGGGAUCAACACCGGCGUUCGAAGCAAUUUCCCGGCUGGAAAUGACGGAGAUGAGUUUUUGAACCAGCUUAGCGGCACAAACAGCUUUUUGGGAGCCACUGACUCGACGGUUUCCAGCAGGCCAGCUCAGUCAGCAACCUAUCGUUCACAGGCCGCCAACCCCGUUAUCCUUUUGGACGACGACGAGGAAGACCAGAAGGACGUGGCUACUGAGGUCCAAAGCUCUGUGAAAAGAGAAAUGGACAACGAAUUCAAGGACGUAGUCGCUGAGGGGGAAGCAAUGGCGGACGAUGCCAGCCUCCCCUCAUUCAAACCCAUCCGGAUGGCGCCCGGAACCUUUACCAUCGAGUUAGUCCUGAAUAACCGCGAGAUUCGAGCAAAGACUGACCGGGAUUACCUUCAAGAGGAACUCGCCAAAAAAGGAAUUCGACCCAUUUCCCGCGCCAUGGAACUAGGAGACGUCCUCUGGGUCGCCAAAUGCAAGCAGCCCGGAUGGCUUUCACGCAUGGGGGCUGAAGGAGAUGAGGUGGUCCUGGAUUGGAUUGUGGAACGGAAACGUCUUGAUGAUCUUAUUGGGAGCAUCAAGGAUGGUCGCUUUCAUGAACAGAAAUCCCGCCUGAGGCGCUCAGGAAUCAAGAAUGUCAUCUACCUUGUCGAAGAGAUCCCCAUGGACCAGAGCCGGUUGCAGAGAAGUGAAGAGAUGGUUCAGUCGGCUAUUGCGUCUAUUCAGGUGGUUGAUGGCUACUUUUUGAAGAAGACGCAAAAGAUUGGCGACACGAUCCGGUAUUUGGUUUCGAUGACACAGAUGCUGCAGAACAUGCAUAAAGGGAAGCCGUUGCAUGUCAUUCCGACUAAUGUUCUUACUGCCAAUAAUUACCUGCCGCUGAUGAAGGAUCUGCGGGGAAAGCAGCCAGAGGUUGGUCACCAUAUCAGCUACCCGGCGUUUUCUUCGCUUUGUUCCAAGUCGGGGACGAUGACGCUGAGGGAUUUUUUUUUUGAAAAUGUUGAUGGUUACGAGGGGUGUCACAGGUGA